AAGAGCAGCCCUUUGUGUCAUAGGAUCUGACGGAGGCACCACCCCCGCCCCCCCCAGCCCAGCGACUCGCUGCCAUUGGCUCGGCGUGGCAGAGCGGCCACGGCGCGAGUUCUAUAACAUCGUUCCUGCGGUGCGCUGCGCGGAGAGAAGAGCGGAGAGGAGCAGAGCUGAGACGCCGAGCCAUGAAGAUCCCCCCGGCGAGGAGCUGAGACGGCAGGGGGCGCACUGUGGUCCUCAUGGCGUGUUACUACAUCGUGAUCAGCUCGACGCGCCUCAGCAACGGACACCUGCGCAGCAUCAAGGGAGUUUUCCGGGGCCCCUUGAGCAAGAGUGGGAGCAGAAACCUGGACCGCAGGGGGGAGGACGGCCCGCUGCCUGUGGCCCUGGAGGACCUGAGGGCCAAUUUCUACUGCCAGCUGUGCGACAAGCAGUACCGCAAACAGCACGAGUUCGAUAACCACAUCAACUCGUAUGACCACGCCCACAAGCAGAGGCUGAAGGAGCUCAAGCAGAGGGAAUUUGCACGCAAUGUGGCCUCCCGGUCCAGGAGGAAGGACAGAAAGCAAGAGCGAGCAGCACGUCGCCAGCAUGAGCUGAGCAAGCAGCACCGGCAGGUCCAGAGUGCCCCGGGGAGUGGUCCCAUGUUCAGGUCAACCACCGUGGCCGUGGAGGGGUGCUGUCGGGGGGCUCCCGUGAGGGGCACACAAGUGGGGCCCUCCCAGAACAACCCGUGGCUCCUCCCAGUACGGGGCAGAAAGCAAGUCCACAGGCAGAAGGUGGCCUUCUCCUUCUCCUUGCCCAAGAAGACACUGGUGCGACUAGAGUCCUCAGUCUUCUGUCACACUGGGCAGAAGGGGGCACCACGGGAAGAUUUCACAUCAAGCCGCCAAGGACUCCACAAGGGGCUCAGGACCUUCAGCCCCCCUACUGUGGAGACAGGACCUAGUGGUGGGGUCAACAUCCUGGACCUUGAAUCCCCAGGUGGUCCUGCAGAGAAACACAUUCUGUCCCCCAGGAUGUCUCUUGUUCCAUCUGCAGUGCCACUGGCCCUCCUGUCUCCCGUCUCCUUAUCCACAUUGGAUCCCUGCUCCCAGCCUCAUGGAAGCUCUCCCUGCAUAGCCCACCAGCUCCGGCUUCCUCUUCCUGAGACCGCUGAAGACUGCAGUGCGAGUGUGGAGGACGGCCUGGUGCCGCCAGGGGGCAAUAGAGCAGAGAGCAAAGAGAGAAGCAGAGAGGACGCCACGGCAGGAUCAAACACAAGCCGAGAAAAACCAGAAAAAAACUGCUCCUUCCUUAUGGAUUCGCUGUCAGUAAGCAACGCUGCAGUUUCCAUGGAAACGAAGGCUCCACUGUCCUGUCCACCUGGAAAGGUUGAGACCACGGGACGCAACCCAGGACAAGAGUUUUAUUCGGUCCGGAGCUGCAAUGGAAGAACCGUGCUGCCCUGGCCCUGCGAGAUGCUGCUCUUCACGAGGACCCAGCCAGCCCUGUCCUACAGCUGCAACCCUCUGCAUUUUGACUUCCGGGCCUGCGGAGGGCGACAGAGAGUGGCCAGCCAGGCAAUGGAGGACCUAAGCGGCACAGACUCUGCCCCCCCAGGAGAGCACAUGGAGGAGUCCUCCGGGAGCCAGAUCCAGCUGGAGAGGAGCAACACAGAGCAGCAGGGCGAGCGAGACGUCUACCUCCAAAUGCAACGCCCCUUGAGGCACAGCGCCCCCAGAGGACAGAGAUGUGACUGCAGGGACCAAAGACAGGUGAGGCGAAGGAGUAGGAGGAGGAGGAGAGUUCAUCGCAAGGAGGAGGGCAUACAGGAGUCAAAUCUGCAUCCCCACCGCUGUGAGGAGAGCACCAGAACCUGUGUCAGUCCUCCAGCGCUUGGCCAGGAGGACCCCCUGGAGCCAGGAGGACAUGUGGGACAGAACUGUUACAGUGCCGCGGCUCCACAUUCUACACAAGAGCCCCCCCUGAAAAGGCUGCACAGAUCCACGGGGGACCAGCAGGAGCAGAGACGCAAACGGCAGCGUUGCAGCCGCAGCUUUUCCUCUGACAGCGAGAUGUCCAGCGAUGAGACAUACCAAAGUAGCACGGCACGGAUGUGGACCAGCGGCAGCAAGAGGAGGAAGAGGAGGAGAAAGAGUCCUGGACCCGUUGCCAUGGACACCUGUCAGGCUGUCAGCUGCAGUGAGGAAACAGGGAGAGAGGAGCAUGGGGCAGAAAGGCUCCCUGUGAGUAGCUGUCCCCUGGACAAUAGCAGGCUCAGCGGUCCGACGGUGGGGAAUCCAACACAGAGCAUUGUGCGUAGAGACGGGGGUCCUCUGGAGGCGAUAGGUCUCCCAAUGUCCACUCAGUGCAAUACAGAAAACAUCAGGGAAUGUCUUUCAGCUGAGAUUGUGGACAUCAGGCCCUUGGGGGACAUGCAGGUUGGAAAUAAGGAGAAUGACUCUGAAGCUGAAAUGAGACAGGGGACAGCCACAACAGAGGACUUCAUGUCCUCUGUGGUGGACAUCCACUGCUGCCACUGUGACACACAGGAAGCCAUAGAGCACCGAUCAGAACCCCUGAACCUGAAGAAACCAUCCAAGCAGAGCUCUCCAAAGCAGGACCGGAAGGACCAUAUGACAGCCAAACUGGGCCCAGAGAGACAGCCGGGGGACGGCCCUUUCCGUGCGUCUCCGCUAGGUGGCGUCAGGAGACGCCACGUCCUGCACCUCUACACGAACGGACUCCUCCUGCCCCGGCAGCGCAUGCUCUUCCCCAGCAAAAGGAAGCAGCUCCUCCCAGGGCCUCCAGUCCCUUUCACUCCGCCCAUGCUUAACCCUGCCUCUCUAGCCCCGCCCAUUUCGUCCAUUAACAUCUUGCAGCAUCAUGCCACAUUGUUACCCCCCCGUACCCCAUUAAUCUCUCAGGUGUUUCCCUUGACCCGGGUGCACCCCGCAGCCCCGUCCUUCGUGCCCCUGGUACCGACUGGCAGCUUCCCUCCCAUCGCUGCGGCGUUCCGCACCGUGGCCGGCCCCGCCCUCCUGCACCCGCUGCUGCCCCCUCAGGCCGCCGUGGUGCCCCUGCAGCCCCUCCUCCGGACGCCCGAUGCCUUGAUCGCUUCGCCAGACACCUUUAUUGUCUCACGUCACUAUGUGCCGCAGGUGGCCCCUCCGGUCAUGUGACCUGAGCGACUGCGUUUCUUUCGCCGUUUGCCUUCUUCCCCUGCAGCCCAACGGUUGGUCCCCGAGAAGGAGAGUGUCUGUCGCAGGUGAACACCCCCCGGCCCACCACCUGGAGAAUUUCUACUGCUUUUUUUGCAAAGUGAAACCACAGGCACAAAAGGCUAAACGAUACUUUUCUAUAAACAUCCCAGUUUGGCACUGAUUUGCUUAGUAAACAUCUGAGUGAUGAUUUUAUUUUUAUACCACAUAUAAAUACUGUACGUAUACAUACAGUAUGUAUACACACACACGUACAUAUAUACUGUAGAGGUAUAUAUUGCUGUAUAUGUCCGAGAAUGAGGUUCCUUAAAACUCAGUGUCGUCCUCGUGUGUUACGACACACACUGUACUUCACACGUAUGACGCGAUACGAUUCGAGGUCACAUAUCAUUUUGCAUUUGAAACUUUCCUCUCUUCUCUGUCCAGGUUUGUUUAGUCGGUCAGUCAUACAUGAAAGCAGGUAAAGUCUGUUGAAAACCACGGAUCUUACUGCUUCAGACGCCAUCUAUGUGCUCAUGUGAACUUCGGCUGCAAGUUCUGUACGUUGAGAGCAUUUCUUCACUGGCUCCUCGCGUUCCGAUCAUUUCAAUUCUGAAUUUUUAAAGAUACAAACACUUAGCAGCUUAUUUAUUUCUAUAUUUAAGCACCCGAAUGGCACAGGAGUGUGGGACCACCUUCAGUCAACUUCCUUGCACAGUGUUUACCGCUCAUGUCUGGUGUUGAUCAGUGAUCACGUUCAAUAAGAUGAUGGAUGUUACACAAGUUUAUGACAAGAAUCAGUCAACAAUCAGCAUCUGAAGGGGAGACAAUGAGGACAAUGUAUUUUCAUUUUCAGACAUUUCUAACUCGCUUCAAUGAAUUCUUCUUGACGUCAACAGCAAUGUUAAAAGCCUCACUCAGUGUUCUUACGCAUUAUAGCUACUGUAUAUCCAAGCCUUUACAAACUGUCACCGUGAUGUCGCUGUGAUGUCACAGUGAUGUCGUUGUGAUGUUGCUAUGAUGUCACAGUGACGUCACCGUGAUGUUGCAGUGGUGUUGCUCUCAUGUCACAGUGACAUCAUAAAAACCUUUGCCUCAAAGCAGAUAACAUUCUGUUAGAUAACAGACCAUUGUGUCUCUGUUUUAUCACCUGUGACACUUCCUUCAACAGCCUCGGCUCCAUGUUCUUCCGGAAGAUAUCGCUCUUGUGUCUUACACACAUUUUUAAGGCACUUGCAAGUUCUGCUCUCACAGCCACUCUUUCUAUACACGGUGCCCUUGACGUUCUACUUACUUUGAGAAAAAGGACAUUUCUUUAGGUAGAACAAUGUAGGUAUGUUUUAUACACAUUUUCCAGUGGUGAUUAAAAUGCUGCCAAAAUGAGGUGCGCAACUGGAAAGUGCCGUCAUUUGAGCGAGUUCUGUGCACAUGGAUCGAAAACCUCUCAGAAGUAGUCGAUCGCAAGACACCCCCCGCAGGACUCAAACCCUACACCCAGCAGAAAGCAAAACCCAGUGAAACCCGCUGCCCCACCAAAUCCCCACAAGAGGUACAGUUGUAAGGAAAAUGUUGGAAACCAUCUAGAUUCUCCAUAAAUAUUCAAUUCAAUACAA